CACUGGACAUUUUCAUUUAGCAACAACUCGCGAUUUGUUGGUCGUGUUUUGGUGUCGCACUACGCCUUCUCACAACGUUACGUACAGACUCUAUAUGAUAUUUACCGAAAAUGGCAAGGAGGAAGUGGGAAUGCGUGACCCAGGAUUUGUACUCUGCAAGCGUUUGCAAUUGCCUUUUCCGAUCGGUUUUCUACAACUCAGCAGAGUUCUCCUUUAAUUUAACAACCAGUGACCGUUAAAUACGAAAGGGUGUUGGGGUUCGCUCUCAGUAGCGGGGUACUCCCUAAAAUGGCCUUUACGGAGAGGCUCCACCCGAAAGGGGUAUCUUUUUCAGGUUUCAGGGUAGGGAUUUCACUAAUUGAAGUAUACGAAAGGGUAGGGAAAUCUGUCAUCCGGGUCUCUGAAAGGGCCCAGAAGGGCUUACAGAUGAAUUUUAUGGCUUUAUAGACUCGAGAAAACGUUCUGUUUUUGCGGUUGAUUCCUAUUCAAAAGGCAGUGUAUUUACAGCAGUUAAAAGAGAUGCAAAGUUCUAAACAAGGUACGUGAAAGGGGUACCAUUUGUCAAUGGAAGGUAUACGAAAGAGGUUCUUUUUCGUGAAAAAUUGUAUAUAAAAGGAUAAGCUGGUUGGACCUCGAGGCGUGUCCUCCCCUGAUAAACAUUUGUUGAGUACUCCCUGGGGCCCCACGAGCACUUGCCGUUGCCCAGUGCCCGAGCUUCGUUCCUAGGGCGUUUUCCGGGAGUCUUUUCAUUAAGCAACGUAUUUUAACUGGGAGUGAGGCCUAUUCUCUUUUCCCUUUGUGUGCUACUGUAAACCUGAAGAAGGCUGGUAUGGCCAGCCGAAAUAUUGUUGUGAAAAAACAAUUACGUUCUCCUGCUCAGCUUUGUAGUAGUCUUUGGACUUCUCGUUUUUGGUACUCAGCUAGAGACGAUUAUUUGCCCUGAAAUUUGGGCAAAACUAUCGCCCAAGAAUGCAAAAACUCCACUUUAGGUUGACGUGCGUUGCCUAAAAAUGGCUUUGCUUUUUGAAGGGAACGUUCUGGAGACGUGGUUGUCUUUGCCUUCCUGCACCUAAUUCCGCUUUCAGUGAUCUCAACAUGCGCCCUGAUUCCCCCUUUACACUAUUUCUCUUUCAGUCACUAAGGCGUCUAAAAACGCACAAGUAAAUAUUUUGCUGUUGGAAGGUGAGGGGAGAGAGGAUUAUCAGUUGUAG